AUGUCUCUUAAAACCAAAACUGAGCAGAUGUUAGACAACAAAGAUAUUGAAAAGGAUGAUCCAGAAAGGAUAGAACUUCUUGAAGCAUUUGACAAUGCUCAACAUCCAUAUGAAAACCUGGAAACUGCAUAUCAACAAGAAAAGUACUUUCAUCAGAGUGGUCACUUUAUAAAACCCUGGGAAGUACCAUUCGCUACUGCUUUUUAUCCCUGUCACAACCCAGUUACUAAUCAUGUUGACCAGGUAGCUAGACAUGUGACAUUCCAAUACAUUCCUUUGAAAGACUUGCUUAAGCACAUACUUGAAAACAAAGGAUUUAUGAGAGCCAUACAGCAAUAUCAACCCAGCAGAGAUGGCAUUAUGCGAGAUUUCCAUGAUGGAGAAUUCUGUCUUGGACAUGUCUUUUUUUCAAAUGGAAGAAAUGUUGCCCUUCUUUUGUAUGUGGAUGAUUGCGAGAUAGCUAAUCCGCUUGGAUCAAAGGCAGGGAUACACAAAAUAGGUGUAAUUUAUUGUACCAUUUUAAAUCUACCACCCAAAUUCCGUUCAUCAUUGUGUAACUGCUAUCUUGUUGCAUUGUACAACACAGGGGAUGUUAAAACUUAUGGAUUUGAGCCUAUUUUGGCAGCACUUGUAACAGACAUCAAAGAGUUGGAAAGCCGGGGACUACACAUUAUCACAGAUGUGUUUGAGGGAGAUGUUCAUGUUGGUAUUGCCCAGGUGACUGGUGACACUGAAUGGCAUCUGUGGUUUUAUUGAAAGCUUUGUUGGCCAUCAUUGCUGCAGGACUUGCAAGAUACAUCUGGUAGAAAUGCAUCGUGCAUUAACAGCAAACUCAGAUAUGCUUUGGGAUCAUGACAACUAUACUGAAGACCUGGAUCUAAAUGAUCCAUCCUCUACUGGCAUUAAAGCUCCAUGUCUCUUGAAUGAUCUAGAACACUUCCAUGUUACCACAAACUAUGCACCUGAUGUUAUGCAUGAUUUGUUGGAAGGAGUUGCUGGUCUGGAAGUUCAUCUAGUUGUUGCAGAUUUAGUCCAAUCUGGUUUCUUUGACCUGGACUUGUUAAAUAGCAGGAUUACUAGCUUUGAUUAUGCUCCUUGUGAUUAG